AUGGACAGAGACAGUGAGGAUACGGACGAGGGCGCGCAUCUAUUAAGGAAUCCGGAUGAAAUACGGUGUGGAAAUCGAGGGAUGCAUGGUAAUAGUGAGGCCAUGGCGUCUUCGUCUGAAACGAUAGUAUUUGAUACUAAGCUGAUGAAAACUUCAACGCUGACUGAAGAAUUGGCGGCCACGUGGGGUGGACGCUGCUCACUCCCUGAUUCUGGGAGGUUAAGAAGGGCGCACUCGUGGUCAGCUGGGCCACCACAUGACGUUCCGUCCGAAAUUAGAAUAUUAAGAGAAAGAUUAGUGCGUACACAAGCUAAGCUGCGACCAGGGGCAGUACGACACUUGUCCCGACAUCAACGACUGACGCUGGCGUCACUUGCACUAGUGGACUUCAUGAGUUUUUGCUCUAUGAGCAUUAUGGCACCGUUCUUCCCACGGGAAGCUUCUGAGAAAGGAUUGUCUGAAACCAUGUGCGGUGUUGUGUUCAGCUUUUACGCGGUUAUCAUGUUCCUCACUUCGCCACUUUUUGGUAAAUAUUUGCCAGCAAUAGGAGCUAAGUUCAUGUUUAUAGCAGGGAUGUUUAUCGCUGGUUCUUGUAAUGUUUUAUUUGGAACUCUAGUACUAAUAGAAGAUCCUACAACAUUUACCGUAUUCUGUUUUGUGGUUCGUGGUAUGGAGGCACUUGGUGCUAGCGCGUACUCAACAGCUAGCUACGUAUUCGUUGUGAAUGCCUUCCCGGACACUAUAGGCUCUGUACUGGGUAUUUUGGAAACCUUUGUAGGUCUAGGCAUGUCCGUCGGACCGGCAAUAGGUGGUCUUCUGUAUUCGAUAGGAGGAUUUGGGCUCCCAUUUUACAGUCUAGGAAUCGUGAUGGUGUUAACUGUACCUAUAAACUUUUUUUUGCUAACUGAUUGCGAUGAGUACGUAUCCGGAUCAAAAUCAGCGUCAAUUCUGCGACUUUUCACAAUACCCUCUAUAAUUAUUACUGGCCUAGUGAUUGUAAUUGUUUCCAACACGUGGGCUUUCUUAGACCCCACACUUGAACCACAUUUAAGGCAAUUUGAUCUAUCAACUAAACAAAUAGGGUUGAUAUUUCUUCUGUUCUCCAGUUUAUAUGGAAUCUUCAGUCCUAUUUGGGGAUGGAUGGCAGAUCGAGUACACAAUCAUUGGUGUAUGAUGGUUUGGGGUUUAUUUCUCUCUUCAAUUGGCUUGCUACUAUUGGGGCCGUGUCCAUUUAUACCUGGUCUGCCGAAAGAUUUAUGGUUGGACUUGGUAGCGCUAUCAAUAUUAGGAAUGUCAGUAGCAUUAACUCUGCUGCCUACAUUUCAAGGAGUAUUGACUAGUUCUAUCUACGAGGGUGGCUGUCCAGAGGCACUCGCUACAUAUAGCGCGGUAGCAGGAGUAUGGUCAUGUUGUUAUUCUUUGGGAGAAGUGCUCGGACCAGCCUUGGGAGGUGCUCUUGCACAACGAUAUGGAUUUCCACUAUGUGCUACUCUUUGUGCUGCUGCUUGCUUUACGAUGGCUGUUAUAACUCUAAUAUUUUUCUCCUUAAGAGAGUCAGCUAAAUGGGAUAUCUCAAAUUCAUCUAAUUCGAUUCCGUAUUCCGACACUACAUGGAACAGUAACCAAUUCUGCCAAGAGCGAUCGCGAAGUGCACCAGAAAGCCGUCUUGCAGAAAAUUCACCUCUCAUAAAAUCAUGUUCAUGUUCUUCUAAAACUGCAUUUUACGUGUACCAAACUACGCCGUCGAAACAACUCUGUUUCGUACAUAAUAAAAGUAGAAAAAGUCGUUCAACAAGUGUUGCAAAUUUUAUAGCAUACUUCUUAAAAUUCCAGUAUAUGACUGAUAUGUAUAUAAAAAUAAGAAUGAAUAAAGCAAAAAAAUUAUACAGUAACACAGCAAAUAACGAAGAGUUGUAUCAAAACUACCUUGAAAAUAGUGAAGAACCUGUCAAUGACGAUUCAAAGGUUAUAUUUAAGGAAAAAAGAGAUGAAAAUGAAUGUAUUUAUACAAAUAACAGUAUUACAGAAAAUGGACAAUGUCAAAACCACGAAAAUAGCUAUUGUUCAUAUUUAGAAAGAACAAUAUUUGGGCCUGUAGUUAUGAAAAUGAACAAAGAAAAUGUUAUUAUUAAAAGAAACAACAAAGGUCUUAUUGCGAAAUUCAUAUCAUUUGAUGAGAGAAAGAGGCCUUCAAAUGAGAUAAUAAAACACAACCUUCAAAAAGUUCAUUUUUACGAGCAAAGUCCUGAGUGCGCAACUCUUGAAGAUAUUUUUGAUGGAUGUGACUGUAGAGAUGAAGUUACCUACGUAAGAGGAACAGUCACUGUGUCCUCGGCAGGAGCUUGUGAAGUA